UACAGCAGUGGCAUUACGGUGCGUAACGAUCCCGAUGUCGCAGUUAUUGCGUCGUAUUUUCAGCUAAUUUCUAACUAUUGACGUAGAAUCUUGAUUUUCAUCAUCCAAGCUGUUAAUGCUGUAGUGUAGACAGAAAUGACACUUUCGUGAAAAGGAAACCACCAUUCGCUCCGAUCCAAUCCGCACAGUACAGUUUCCUUCUUCCCACUGCACGGCCACCAUGCCACUCCACAGACGCUAGCCUAGUAGUAGCAGUAUAGUAGCGCUUAACUAGCUUGUGUAUGCGGAUAUCGGAUGAACGAGUGUUUUCUAAACCACGACAUAGUCACAGAAAAUAACCAUCUGGAUGUCUUGCUGGGGUUAUCAUUCAUGUGCCUUUCCAGCGAACUGAGUUUCUGUGGAAUGAGAAAAACAUCUUGCACCAUGGAUGGAUUCUGCCUUCUCUAUCUGCUCAUGAUCCUCCUGAUGAGAUCUGGUGAUGUUGAAACCAACCCUGGACCAGACAGGAUUGUCAGUGAGGAGGAAUUCAUAAAGCUUACCACGUUAAUUGCACCUUCCUACUACCAUAAGUUGGGCGUUAACCUGGACAUCUCCAUCGCAGAGCUUGGUCAAAUCGAGAAAGAUAGCCAAAAUACUAGUGAUGCAUUGAUGACAGUGUUCACGAGAUGGAGAGACAAACAGCCUCCAGGCACAUACAUCAGGGUUCUUCUUGCAGAGGAAUUAGAAAGAAGUGGCUUAGGGUCCCUCUCUGGGGAUCUACUCGCUGGAAGUCUAGUCCUGAAGCGGACAGGUGCACCUGUUACAACGCCAGGAUCACAGACCCAAUCACUUUCUCCUGACCUGAUCAAGAGAUGUGCAGAUGAUUUCAAAUUCAAGUACCGGACAGCUUUCUGUAAGAUCAGAGAUGAUCCUCUCGACCCUGAUUCCAUUGUACCAUUCACAGACAUGUACACAAACCUUGUCCUGGAAGAGGAAUAUCGGAAAAAACGCAAACGACCACUUGAGUACAGUGAUCUCUUUAAACUUGAAGUCAAUGGAGAGUUCCCCAAGCGGAUCAUGGUUCAAGGAGAGGCUGGGGCUGGAAAGACAACAUUCUGUGCUAAGAUUGCCUGGGACUGGAUAAAUGACAAUCCUGCUGUCCCAAAGUUUGUGUGGGUACUUGUUGUCCCUUUUCGUGAAGCCAAACAAUACACGAUUGGUGAGAUUGCCAAGUCAUAUCUCUCCAAGGACAACCCAGCAACAGCCUGCCAGAUCACUGAGUACAUCCGUUUAAAUCCAAAAGAAGUAUUCAUUGCGUUUGAUGGAUUAGAUGAGUUUAAGGGCAAAGUUGUACAGGAAGGGGAAGCUGGUUCAAAGUCAGAAUGUCACCAGCCACAGCCUGCUGAUCAAACCAAGGCAAGAUCAGAAUCAAAGAUGAACAAGAAUAAGCGGCAGAAGUUAACGCAUCCAGAGUCAUCAAGUGCCACUUUGCAGCCAAUAGUCACCAGUGCAGAGGCAAGUGGAAGUUCUUCAGAGAGAGGUGACAUUGCACUUACAGACAUUCUGCGUUCAGAUGAACUUGCCACUUGCCCGGUGUUGGUGACAAGUCGCCCUUGGAAGGUCACAGAGAUAAGAGAUAAUGAUAUUCUGAGGAACCUGUACACUUUCAUUCAUGUGGAAGGUUUUAGCAAGAAAAGUGUGGAGGGUUACAUUCACAAGUACUUUCCAGAAGAUGUGGCCAAAGCAGAUCAGCUUAUCCAAUUAACCAAGGACAAUGACAUCAUCUCUGAGAAUAUGGCCCCAUAUCCCAUCUACAUAGCUAUGCUCUGUCUUAUGUGGAGAAAAGUUAGUGACGUAAAACUGGAAAAAUUUAAGUCAUUUCAAACCUUUUCUCAAAUAUUUGAUGAAAUGUUUGAAUUCUUGAAGGUGCAUUAUGCUCAGAAAGAGAUCACAGAUUUAGACAGCCAAGAUUUCCAAGCCUUUCGCUGUCAAAUUGAGAAGUUCAUGGAACCAGUUGCCAAAGUUGCAUUCAUUGGGCUACAAGAAAAAACUUUUAUUUUUAAAGAGGAUGAUUUUGAACAGUGCUCAGACUCCAUUGAAACAGCUUGCAGAGUGGGGGUGUUGUCUAAGGAGAAAAAAUUGUCAUCUAUACAUGAUAAAAGCAGUCCGUUCCUGCAGUCUACUUUCUUCUUUCCACACAAACUCUUUCAGGAGUACAUGGCUGGGGUCCAUCUUGCUUUCCUGUUUGAAUUAGAUCACAAUGAAUUCAACAGACUGAUUGAGCAAGUAGUGCUGCCUAGAAAGAAAGAGUUUAGGUAUCUCCUGUACUUCACUGUAUCACGGGACAAAGCCAUUGCACACCAUGUCAUGAAAUGCAUGGUACAGGGUGACAACCGAGGCAACUCGGAUGUGGAUUUGUUGGUUGAUGUAUCCUUUGAGAGUCAGGACCUAGAUACCGCAGUCUUGGCGAGGGGUGGAAUGUCAUCUCUGACAAUUAAACCACUCAUGACAGCACACAACAUAGCAGGUUAUGUAUUCACUGGACUAGGUGUACAUAAAGAUGUGAUCGAUCUUGGAGUAAAUGGAGAAUUUGGACCAAUUAUAUCACAUGAUAUGGGGGAGAUUAUAUGCUCUGUGCCCUCUCUAAAGGAUGUUACACUACUUCAAGCUGCCUUGCACAGUGACUUCUAUGCAGUUCUUGCUAAAGAAGGAAACAAGUCCAAGGUCCAAUAUGUCGUGCUUGAUGGUGUUAGGUGUCCAACAUCAACCUCUUCACAUUACCUAGUAGAUGCUUUGUGUUCCAUGCCAAACCUGACUGAACUGAGACUAGAUGGACAGGAUUUCCAGGAGGAGUUCUAUUCUACACUGAAUGCAAAAGCGUCAACCUUACAGGUCGACACUGUCUGGCUUGAAGAUGUUAGGUGUCCAACAUCAGCCUCUUCACAUUACCUAGCAGAUGCUUUGUGUUCCAUGCCAAACCUGACUUGCCUGGAACUAGUUGGAAAGGAGUUCCAGGAGGAGUUCUAUUCUACACUGAAUGCAAAGGCGUCAACCUUACAGGUAUGUAUGUGUGUUUGUACUCUAUAUCCAUGUCAUGAUGAAUUCAUGUACACAUGCAGCAGUGGAGAUGAGUUUAAGGAGUUUUUAUGCCUCAGUUACGAAGUAGCCGGAGGCAUUAUGUUUUCGGGUUGUCCGUCCGUCUGUCCGUAAGUCUGUACACACGUCUAUAUGUACGUACGUCCCGUUCUCGUGAUCACGUUAUCUGAAGAACCGAUUGAUGGAUUCCUGCCAAACUUUGGU